AUGAUACAGUGGUUAAAAGAUCGUCACAAUAUCACUUCUAAUAGAUUGCACCGCGAUUUUUCGGAUGGUUUCUUAAUGGGACAAAUCUUAAAACGUAUCUUACCUGAUCAUGUGGAGCUAAAUAAUUAUCCACGUAGAAAUGGUUUUAAAUCGAAACUGUAUAAUUGGGAAACAAUCAAUAAAAAUAUGUUAGUCAAACUUCAAAUGAAACUAAGCAAAAAUGUUAUGGAGAAACUGGCUAGUUCCCGCCAAGACACCAUCGAUGUUGUACUUUACAAACUCAUGACUGUUGAGAAAGAAAUGUAUGAGAACAUAAAGAAGUAUGCUGCCCAGGAAAGCAUGCACUGUAUUCAUAACGACAUCCAUUGUGACGUUGUCAGCAAGGAAUCUGACAUGGAUGUCAUCGUUCAAGCUCCAUCUGAAAUGAUCAGUUAUUUGACUUAUGCGGAAGUCAAAACUGAUUUAAAAAAAAGUUGCAAAAGUUUGUGUUUGGUGCAAGAGAAAAGUGCAAAUCUGGAGAAUCAAAGGAAGUUGAUGGAUGAAUGUAUCAAUACAUUAUGCUCUCAAAUUGCUGAGAUGUGCAAUUCUUUUUAA